ACACGGCCUUACCGAAAGAGAACAGUUCUUCCCAACCUGAAAAUCCCAAGUUCCCAACACUCGACCAGCCUAUCUCCACUUCUUCUAUCAUGGCUUCGUCGGUCGCUCUCUCUCCGCAGUCGCUUUCCUCCUGCCCAGAAACACACUCAAACUUCACCAACACUCAUCGCAAUACGAUCGUCUUCCAGUUUCGCUUUCAUCGAAUCUAUCCUCGUCUUCAGGCUUCCAGAAGAAUCUCCAAUUUUCCCCAGGAAGGUGGUGGUAAUUUGGUCAACGACCCACGAAAUUGGGGUCGCAGAUUGGAGGACUAUGUCGAUUACGAUGAGGAGGAGGAUGAGGACGAGGACGAGGAAGAAGAAGAUCGGAGUAUGGAUCUUCUGGUGAGGUUCGUUCAGAAUGUGUUCAAGAAGAUCUCCAGAAAAGCCAGGAAGGCCGUCCGUUCUGUUCUGCCUAUAACCAUCUCCACCAAAUUGGUGGGUUUUGCUGUCAAUGGAGUCAUAGUGCUUGCUUUCUUGUGGGUUUUGAAGGCCUUCCUUGAGAUUGAUUGUUCUGAAGAAGACUUCACUUCCAAAGAAUAUCUGUGAGGGAUGAGUAAGAGAUAGAUCCAGGGUGCUUCUAUUCAGGUAGGAUAUGACACCUCUGCUACUUUAACAGUACCAGAAAGAAAGAUGGACUAAGAAUAUUGUUAAAUUGUUAACCACCUUGUCAUCUAAAAGUUUAAGCUGGUAGAUAGAAGUUAACUUUAUUUUUUAUAUUAUUAUUUUUAUUCUCAACAUCCCCCUUUACAUGUGGCCAGGCUUCAUGCGUAAUUGGUCCAAAUACGCACAUCUAUUUAAAGUUCGGUCAGUUUUCCUAAGAACCCGUGAAUUCUGGUCGUCCACUUUCAGAGUUUGCUAGGCUCUGAAUUGACAUAAUCUGGAUUCAGGUUUAGAAUUUGCACUGGUUGAACUGACUCCUAACCUUCUCUUUUCUUACUUUAAACUAUAAUUAAUUCUUUCUUCACCUUGUAUGAAAUGUGAUUCUAUUUUUACUCUGGUAAAAGGUCUGUAUAUAUAUGUUCUUCCCUCCCACAGCUGAAUUACCAGAUUAAAGAACUCUAAUGGAUUUAUUUUGAUUUGGCAUCAAUCACCUUCUGCAAAAUCAAUAUGUAUAUUCCAAAUUCAACUAAGAUAAAAUGUGUCUUUUGCUGGUAAGAUAAGCCAUCACAGGACAAUGAACUCAUUUAAUUGACUUUUAUUAAUGAAUUCACCCACGCUCUGUAUUGUCAUAUUCUGCUACCUUGUCCAAAUCAUUUUAGCAAGGUGGGGUCCUUAUAUUGGAGGAGGGAGGGCAUUUAUUGGUUAAAAGUCCCAAAUCAUGCACCUUCACCAAUUUGAAGUAAUAAUAGCUUCAAAAUGAUUGGUUUUUUUGUUAUCUUUUCUUUGCCCUCCUCCAUCCAGCUCUACAGUCAACACAAUUAACUCUCUUGUGCAAGUGGAACUUGUGGUCUUCAUCAAUACUGAGGACUUUCUACUCAUGAAUAUAGUUUCUCUAGUUGUUGCUUUAAUUGAUUUCUUGUUCAGGUUUAAUGCAGAAAUUGUUCCAAGUAAUUAGCUGCAGUGCUCUUCAUGAGGAUCUUUAAUGAUUAAUGUUUAAACUUUUGACUAAACCAUUAAGUGGACACUAAUAUUCUAGUUUGUGGUUAGUCCGACUGGCCAAGUCACUAAUCUAAAAUGUGGUUAUUACUGCAGUUUAGCAAUUGUUCUUUAAUUUUCUUGUGCAAGCUUUACGAAAAAACAAUCACAAUAUUGAAAAAGAUGGAUGGUUCUUUUUGAAACGUGGAAGCUAAUGAAAAUAUGAUUACAUCUGGAAUGAGAUGAAGAUGAAAUUUUUCUUUAGAUAGAUUACCGCAUCAUUCCAUUGUGUUAAUUGUUUCUUGGUGUUUAUGUAUCAA